UACAGAGGGAGUAGAAAGACCCGUGACCUCCUGCCGCGCUGGAGCGUUUCGGAACCAGCCCAGAUCGCGCCCGCACUACGUAAAAAGUGGCGGAAACUCGGCAAGAAGAUUCGGAGAGACCGCGAAGUUCUGAGUCUUCCCUCGGCGGCUCAGAGAAGGAGGAGAACGGAAGGGAUUUCUCCUCUCCUCUUCCUCUCCUUCACCUAUCUCUAUGGCUGUCCUUCCCACCGGCUCUCCCCUCAGGCCAAGGAGGGUGAAAAGAGCCGAGUUACCCCAGUGGAAACCGGAGCCUCUUCCUGUCUAAGCUCCGGCGGCAGCUCCCGAGUUUGCCCUCCGAUGUCCUGACACUUCCCUCCUCCCCCUCCCAUUAGCGAGCGCCUUCCACUGGCUGCCCAAGACCUGUCGCUUGGGGAGGGGGGGCCAUGAGCGCGGAUCUGGAUCGCAUGUCUCUGGGAUCGUGCUCUUCCGCAGCCUCGUCUUCCCAGUCCAACACCUUCGGCGGCGCGGCGGCUGGGGGCCAGCUGGGGCCCGCGGCGGCGGCCGGAGCUGGGAUCCGCUUGCUGUCUGCCAACGUGAGGAAACUUCAUGGGGCGCUGAACCUGCUCCUGAACGAGGCGGAGAAGGAGCAGUUUAUCCACUGCUUGAACGUCUAUCAUUGCCGGAGGAACGUCUUCGAUCUGGUGCAGACCCUCAAAGUCCUUCUCGACGGCCCCGAGAAGAGGCAGCUCCUGCCCAUGUUGCGCCUGGUCAUCCCCCGCUCGGACCAGCUGCUCUUCGACCAGUACACCUCCGAGGGGCUCUACUUGAAGGCAGAUUUCUUGCCUGCCAACAGCUCCGGCAGCGCGGGCCUCGACUGCGCUGGAUCUGCACGGACCCUUCCGACGCCAGCCCCGGCCACUCGCUCCCCGUCUCCCACACAGGCUGGCCACUUCUGGCCUCCUGCUCUCGCCUCCCGCAGGUCCCUGCAGGAUUUCAGCACCACGCUCGACGGGACAGCUCCCCCGGGCGCCUCGGGCUUGGAAGAACUCCGCGGGGAGAUCAGGCAAGUGAUCCUCAGGAGGAACAAGGCCCAGGAGGGGUUAGGAUUCAGCAUCCGAGGUGGCUCUGAGCACGGAGUCGGGAUCUAUGUCUCCCUGGUGGAACCAGGCUCCCUGGCUGAGAAGGAAGGCCUCCGGGUGGGAGACCAGAUCCUGAAAGUCAACGACAAGCCCUUGGACAAGGUGACCCACGCUGAAGCCGUCAAGGCACUCAAGGGCUCAAAGAAGCUGAACCUCUCUGUCCACUCGGUGGGGCGGAUCCCUGGCGGCUAUGUUACUAACCACAUCUAUACCUGGGUGGACCCCCAGGGGCGGAGCGUCUCUCCACCAACUGGCCUGCCCCAACACCAGAGCAGUUCUCUGCACAAGGACAGUGAGAAAAGGAGCCACCUCCAACUUCUGCAAGAAGGGGACGAGAAAAAGGUGAAUCUGGUCCUGAAUGAAGGGCGAUCACUUGGCCUCAUGAUCCGAGGAGGAGCCGAAUAUGCUCUUGGGAUUUACAUCACAGGUGUGGACAAGGGCUCUGAAGCAGAAAGCACUGGCUUGAAGGUUGGGGACCAGAUUCUGGAGGUGAAUGGCCACAGCUUCCUCAGCAUCCCCCAUGAUGAGGCAGUAAAGCUGCUCAAGUCUUCACGUCACCUCAUAAUGACUGUCAAAGACAUUGGAAGACUGCCUCAUGCUCGGACCACUGUAGACAAGACCAAGUGGAUCACCAGUUCCCAGAUUGGUGAGACGGCAGUCAACUUGGCAGGGGUCUCGGGAGAUCACACAGCAGAGGUGAUAGCGAAGCCAUCUUUUUACAGAGGUCUGGCAGGAUCCCAGGUAACCCUGAGCAGCUUGGUGAACCAAAGCCGUGUGAUGCUGGAGGAGCAAGCACGACAUCUCCUGAAUGAACCUGAGCGAUCCACCAUGGGCUAUUACCUGGAUGAGUACAAGGAGAACAACAUUCCAGUUGAUGCCCUUGUCAUGGCUCUAUUUGAACUGCUCAACACUCAUGCCAAGUUCUCACUCUUGUCAGAGGUGAGGGGAGUCAUAUCUCCUCAGGAUCUUGACCGCUUUGACAAUCUGGUCCUGAAGAGGGAGAUCGAAUUCAUGAAGGCCCGGCAGCCCUCGGGGACAGGAACGGACUCCUACUCCUUGAUGUCCUGCAGUGACACAGUCUCUUCCACUGGGAGUCAUUUCACUUCUACCACAGUCAGUUCAGCUCGGAAUACGUCAGACCUGGAAGGGAGCAGAAACGAAAGUCAAAGCAACGUCAACGCCCUGCCUGACAUCUCACUGGAUGAUGUUUCCUCCUUCCCUGAGGAGCCUCCAGCUUUCAAGCCUCCUCCUCCUCCCUCUCAAACGACAGAAGACCCCUCUGCCCCCCAGGACAGGAUCUCAGCAAACAACACCCUCAAGAGGCCCUCUUCAGAAUCUUCCCAGUCAGGCCUGUUCUUUGUGGCACCCCGGAACCCCACACCACCACCACCACCCAGCCUCUCUGAGAAGGAUACAGGCAGCAUUGCCUCCUCCUCCACAGAGGACUCCACCUCCAGCGCCAUCUAUGCUUCUGUCUCGCCUGCCACCCAUUCCUCCCGGAGGCCCCUGGAUGCCCACUUGUUGCUGGUCAACCAACACCUGAUUGGGCCCUUCCCUCGGGUCCAGUCACCAACACGGCUGAAGAACCCCUCUCCUGAGAGAGCCACGCAAAUCGGCACCCUUCUAAACCCAAGUGCACCAUCCCCUCCUCCUCCACCACCUCCAUCUCAUCCUGCUCCUCCGCCUCCCAGCGAGAAGGGAGGUGGGGAAGCUGGCACUGCACAGCACUUUAUCAUGGUGGAAGUUCAUCGGCCCAACAGCGAGCCAGAUGUGAAUGAAGUGAGGUCUUUGCCCCAGGCCAGAGCCUCGACACUCUCUCAGCUUUCAGACAGUGGGCAGACCCUCAGUGAGGACAGCGGUGUGGACAUCGGGGACACGGAGCUCAGCGCCAAAGACAGGAGCCGGCCGCAGGGUCCCAUAAAAAGCAUGAGCCCGCAGGAAGCACCACUGAAGGCUGACGGGCCCUUAGAGGCAGCCCCAAAACCACCAGGUCUCCUGGAACCGACAUCCCACCUGAUUCGGGUGACAAAAAGUGCCCCGACCUUGGGCAUUGCCAUUGAGGGAGGAGCCAAUACUCGCCAGCCGUUGCCUCGUAUUGUGACCAUACAGAGGGGAGGCUCUGCCCACAACUGUGGGAAGCUGAAGGUGGGCCACGUGAUCCUGGAGGUGAAUGGAGUGACAAUGCAAGGGAAAGAGCACCGGGAAGCCGCUCGCAUCAUCGCCGAGGCAUUCAAAGCGAAGGACAAGGACUGUGUUGAUUUCCUAGUCACUGAGUUUAAUGUCUCACUUUAGGGAUAGGGCCCAGGAAGGUCCCAAAGCCAAAUGCAAGAAAGAAACAAAGCAAGAACAAGGGUUUGAGCAGACUGUCGUGUGCAUGUUAGCACAUGUGCACUAUCACAAGACCCAGAUAACUCCCACCUGAAGCCCAGCAACACAUGUACGCAUGCCGCGCACAGAGCACAUGCAGGAUAUAUGCUUUGGGUUGUUGCACUGGUACUCAAAGCAGCUUCUCUGCUACCACUCCAAGACUGAGCCCGGCCAGGUGGUCUGUGGGAACAAAGAACAAUGGGACUUAGAGGAGAAGCAAAGAGAGUCGGUCACCUCCUGAUAAUAGUUCUUUCCAUAAACCAUUCUCAUCUGGUUGGUGAACUAUGCCGUAGAUGUCCCAUCUCUGCCUAUUUUGUCUCUGUGUUUGAAUGACUUGGCCAGUCACUUGUCUGAAUACCUCACCCCACCCUCUCUAGCUCUUCCAUUGCUUGCACUGUACAGUAGCAUCUUGCACCUGCUUCAGAGCACCUAUGAGUUGGGUGAGGGACGAGCCCCACCUACACUUCUCAAGCAGUCCUAGAGGAGAGAGGGGCCUCCAGGGGGCGCCACUUGUAAUGCUUUGGGGUUUAACCUCUGUGACACACCUGGCG